AUGACUAAUUCAGAGGAUAUCACAUAACCUAAACUUGAAGUUUCCCACUUCUAAAAAGAUUUAAAAGCUAAAUAUGAAGGAUAAAAUGCUUUGUUAUUUAGCUCCUUACAGUACUACUUUGUACCUUUAAUGUAUAUUUUGGCCUUUGUCAGUAUACUUUACUUGAGAACAGGCUACUUAUUCGUCUUUCUCUUUUACUCUUUCAUACCUCUACUAGAUGAAUUUUGUAGCUACGAUAUUCGUAAUCCUACUAAAGAAGAAGCUAAGCAACUCACCGGAAAGAUUCACUUCAAAAUUCCUUUAUACUUGGCAGUUGUCUUCGAUUGGCUUUUCACAUUCUGGUGUGUUUACUUUAUUGCUGCAAACAAAGACGAAAUAUCUCUUUUUAAUUAGUUUGGUAUUAUUUUUGUUGCUGGAAAUCUUGCUGCUUCAAACAUUAAUGUCGCUCACGAAUUGUUCCAUAAAAAUGGAUGGUUCGACAUUUUCAUGGGAACUUUUACUCUUGCAAAAAAUCUUUACAUGCAUUUCGCUAUUGAGCACAUAUAUGGUCAUCACCGCAAUGUCGCUACUCACAAAGACCCUGCCACAUCUCGCUUAAAUUAGACUCUUUACAAGUUUAUUCCUUAAACAAUUAUUGGCUCCUAUUUCAGUGCUUGGCAUUAUGAAAACAACUACCAACGUCUCAAAAAUCGCUCUCCAAUUAACAUUUUUAAUAAAAUGAUUUACUACACCUUGAGCAUGUUUUUAAUUCCUUUCAUUGUACAAAAAAUAUUUGGAACAUAUGGAAUGUAUGUCUUCUUAUUUACUGUUUUUAAUUCAGUUUUCUACCUUGAAACAGUAAAUUAUAUUGAACACUAUGGACUUCAAAGAAAAGAAAUAGAACCAGGCAUCUUUGAAAAAGUAGACAUCCACCACUCAUGGAAUGCUCCCCACAGAUUCUCCAAUUAUUUGCUUUUUAAAUUGCAAAGACACUCAGAUCAUCAUGAAAAUGGUUACAAAGAAUAUUAAACUCUUUGCAGUUAUGACGAAAGUCCUACUUUACCCCAUGGAUACACCGUAUGCGUUUUACUAAGCUUUUAUCCUCCUUCAUGGUUUAAUAUUAUGAAUAAAGUGUUGGCUAGAUACCAAAACGAUAAAAAGACAAUUACAUACAAAGACAUUCAAAACGAAGUAUACAACUAUAUCCUUAAAUUCACAGUUGUAUCUUUAACCCUAUUCGUUACAAGUUUAUAUUUUUGA